AUGGAAGAAAGCAAAGAUAGGAUCAGCAAUUUACCAGAUGACAUAAUUGAUCACAUACUGUUUUUCUUGGACAUGAAAUAUGUAGUCCAAACCAGCCUUUUGUCCAGAGGAUGGAAAUAUACGUGGACGUCUGUUUCCACUCUAGACUUCGACACCCGUGAAUUCAUGAGUUCUGAAACUAAACAGGUAUUUCCUUUUGUGAGAUUUCUUAACAUGGUACUCAUGUAUAGAGGCUUAUCCAACCUAGAGGAAUUUCGUCUUUAUUGGGAUAAUAAAUCUAAUGAGAUAGCAACAUAUCUUAAUCAUUGGAUUAUUGGUGCUUUAAUACGUAAGGUUCAAAGAUUGGUUAUUGAGAUUGAAUAUAAUGAAAAUUUGACUUUUAGGCUUCCACGUCUUCUCUUUAAUUCUUCGUCAUUAGUUAAGUUGAUACUCGAUAUCAGUGGUCGAGUCGUUCUUCCUGACUCAAUGGGUUUACCUCAACUCAAACAUCUUACUUUAUGUAACUUUAUAAUUGAUGAUGUGAAGUUAGUUAAUAAGCUACUCUCAAGCUGUCCGGUUCUUAGAUCUCUUCUAUUAAGAGAUAUUGAGGCAAACACUGCAGAUGGUGUGUGGGUCAUCGAGUUUUCUGAACUGAAGCACCUGGAAAUCAACAAUUAUGGUACUGCGAGGAAUAUUGCUAAGGUUAUCAAGUUGUCUACUCCAAGGCUCAAAUCCUUCACUUGUUCCGACUACACGACACAAGAGUAUUCUCUAGGGAACCUUUCUUCUCUAGUCACUGCCAGUGUUGACAUGAAAACUAUAGAGGACGACGAAGAAGAACUGUAUCCUGAGCGUAUGAUGGGAUUUUUGGUAGCACUUCAUAACGUGGAAAAACUUACAUUGUUAAGUGAUUUCUUUCAGGUUCUCUCACGAGCUCCCAACGUAAUUAGGUCACCCCUUCAAUUUCAUAAUCUGCGAUAUUUGAAGCUGGAUAUGUGUUUUACAAGAAACUGCUUGCACACAUUAACAUGCUUACUCAGGAUCUCUCAUAAUGUAGAAACUAUAUUUCUUACAUUAAAGGAGUGGAAUGUAGCAGAAGACGGUGAAGUGGGAUUACUUCCAUGCGGAUUGUCUCAUCUCAAGUAUAUUGAGAUCAGAGGGCUGACAGCAUGUGAUAAUGAACUCAAGUUUCUGGAACUUGUACUAAAAGAGGCCGUAGUUUUGGAGGAAAUGGAUUUAUAUUUCAGUAAUCCUGAGGACUUGCCGGAUGCAACUGAAUCACCUGAUAGAUUGGAGCUGGUUAAGAAGAGAUCGGAGCUUGUUAAGAAGAGAUCGGAGCUAAAUAAGAAGUUCGCUAGAAAGCUAAGAGCACUUCCAAGAGUUUCUUCAUGUUCGAUGAUGCUAGUAUGCUGA